CAGUCAGUCAUUACGGGGACAGUAUGGAGUUCAGGUCUCUCUCUGUGAUACUCUUGCUGACUGUCCUCAUCCACAGUGGACAAACAGAGAGACCAAAACCUGCGGUGUCCAUACAGCCUGAUGAUCAGGUGUUCAGAGGAGAGACUGUCACUCUCACAUGUGACAUACAGGGAGGAGGAGUCUCUAACUGGCAGUACAGCUGGUUUAAAGCUGGUUCAUCCACUCCUGUCAGUAAUGAUCAGCAGUACAAUAUCAGCUCUGUUACAGCGUCUGACGGAGGAACAUACACCUGUAGAGGAACAGAGACAGGAACAUCACGCUACUCAAACACCAGUGAUGAUGUUACACUGACUGUAUCAGAGAGACCAAAACCUGCGGUGUCCAUACAGCCUGAUGAUCAGGUGUUCAGAGGAGAGACUGUCACUCUCACAUGUGACAUACAGGGAGGAGGAGUCUCUACCUGGCAGUACAGCUGGUUUAAAGCUGGUUCAUCCACUGCUGUCAGUAAUAAACAGCAGUACAGUAUCAGCUCUGUUACAGCGUCUGACGGAGGAACAUACACCUGUAGAGGAACAGUGAGAGGAACAUCACGCUACUCACACACCAGUGAUGCCGCUACACUGACUGUAUCAGGAAAACCCAAACCGACUGUGAGGGUGGAUCCUCAGAGCUCUGUCUACACUGGAGACACAGUUACUCUGACCUGUGAGGUGGAGUCUACUGGAUGGGAGUUUCUCUGGUACAAAGACUCUCAGCCAUUACAGCCUCAGAGUCCUGUAGAUAAAGAGACCAACACAGUCAGAGUAACAGUGCCUGACGAAGGAAGAACAGAGUUUAAAUGUGCAGCACGCAGGAAAAACUACUACUACGACAACAGUAAGAAACGCUAUGUCUACUACAACGUCUACAACACACAUCGCAGUGCUCCAGCCGUGAUCACAGUUACAGCGAGACCAAAAGCUACAGUGACAAUACAACCAGCUGAUCCUGUGUUCAUCGGAGAGACAGUCACUCUCACAUGUCAUAUAGGAAGUGGACGUCAUUGGCAGUAUUACUGGUUUAAGGAUAGUAAACCUCUCAGUGAAGCUCAGUGGAGGAAGGAAUACAACAUUUCUAAAGUUGCUGAGUCUCAUAGAGGAGUUUAUAGCUGUAACGGAACACAGUCAACAGAGCCGCGUUACUCAGAGACCAGUGAUGCUGUUACACUGACUGUAUCAGAGAGACCAAGAGCUGUGGUGUCCAUACAGCCUGGUGAUCAGGUGUUUAUAGGAGAGACUGUCACUCUCAGAUGUGACAUACAGGGAGGAGGAGUCUCUAACUGGCAGUACAGCUGGUUUAAAGAUGGUUCAUCCACUCCUGUCAGUAAUGAACAGCAGUACAGAAUCGGCCCUGUUACAGAGUCUCACAGAGGAAAAUACACCUGUAGUGGAACAGAGAGAGGAACAUCACGCUACUCACUCACCAGUGAUGCUGUUACACUGACUGUAUCAGCAGAAAAACCUAAACCUGAACUCACAUCAAGCCAUAAAGGAGCUGCACUGAUAGGAAAUCCAGUGGUUCUGUACUGUAAGCUGGAUCAGUCUGCUGGAUGGAGGUUUUACUGGUCCAAACACACACAGAGCCCUGAGAAUGAGACCAAGACUGAAACACACUCCUACACCAUCAGCUCAGUCAGCGUCUCUGAUGGAGGACAGUACUGGUGCAGAGCUGGGAGAGGAACCCCAGUCUACUACACUCACUACAGUGAUGCUCUCUGGAUAAACGUCACUGGUGAGUAGAAAACUUUCUGCUACUGAUCUGGUGCUAAACAUGGACUAUAACCUGGAUGCAGACAGCAGAG